GUGGUGUGUGGAAGGUGAGAAGUGUGUUUCGUGAAGGGGCUCGUUCGAAGGAAAACGACAUGAUGAUCAACGGUACCGGUUUACCCUUGUACGUGUGGCGCACGGCCGCGACCGUGUCUGACGAACGUAGAACUAAGUGUAUCAGCAGUGACAAUGCGUUGUGAUCUUAGUUGUCGUUGUACGAAAGAGUCGAGGCCGUCGUCGCCGCCGCCGCCGUCGACGUCUUCGCCGACGUCGCCGUCGUCGUUGCCGUCGCCGUCGUCGUCGUCAUCGGGCGUGCGUUGUCUUAGUUGUCGCUUACCUCGGAAUCAUUGGACACCGGUAUCCCGACACGGUCCGUCGUGGAAUGGCAGCGGCCUUAAAGAAAAAUCACUCACGCAGAAGAUUGGCCGCUCUUACGUUCCUGUCUAACAUCUCUCUCGACGGCAGUCACCGGGACACCAAGUUCGCCGUCCUGUCACGCGCCGGAACGACUCAGCACGCGCGCAGGCUCAGCGAUGGCCAGCAGUCGGAACCGGAACAGGCAAUGCGGGAGAUAUGUCAGGGUGUCGACUUCGAAGCCUCCACCGAGGAAACGCUAGACAGCUGUCAUCCGGAGGAGACGCACGACUACCCGCAGAAUGAGAGCACGUUAGAGCAGAACAAUUCACCGCAGCUGGUGCACAAGAGCUGCGUCGACCAUAACUCCUACAGUUCUGAUUCGGAUGGACUACUCACUCCUGCUAAGGCAGCGAUUACCAUGUUCUUAGAACAGGAGAGAAAUCAUUUGCAGUUUCCUUGUGGCAUGCACAGUUCGUUUAGAGAACGAACGGGAACUACCGGAAGCGACUAUUCCUUACCGGAAAGACGUGUGGGUUCUUUACAAUAUAAGAAGCGCAUAAGUCACCAAACGUCUACGCUUUCGGAAGAUAUUAAGCAUCAAUACAAUAGUAGCAGCGAAAGCAUUGGCUCCAUACAUUCAAAAGCACAGUCAAAACCAAAGACAAAAGCAGUGAACAAUGUGCAACCUAUUUCUACAAAUAGUAGCAUAAUACCAGAGAUUACAAAAGAAUUGCGUUUAAUGCAACGGCCUGUGAACGGCUGUAAAUUUGGGGAUGAUAGAAUGGUUUUAGUAUCAAACCAACAUGUGCCAUUUGUAAUAUUUUCUUCUAUUCCCUACAAUAAAGGACAACGUUCCAGUUGGUCAGAAUUACGUAAAGAUACAUGUAGAAGAAAAAAUGUAUCAUCUCAAAGACCAUUGUCAGCAAUUAAUGAUAGUAUUGAUCCAUUUGGAUUGUUGGGCAUAGAGCACGCUAAGGAUGGCCAAGAAAUAUCUUACGGGCAAUUGCUUGUACCGUCUCGGCAAUUUCAAAGGGAUAAGAAAUUGAAUUUAAACGAAAACGAACCUAUGGAAUUUACGCAUUUCAUACCUAAUAAACAUCAUGUGGUGCAAAGGUGUCUUUCCUAUGAUACAGCUACAAAUCGUGCUCAUUACAUAACUUCCGAGUCUCCACCAUUGUCUUUCAGUGCCGAUUCUAAAGUUUAUGAAUGGGAUGAACAAUCUGCCCAGUAUAAUCCAAAUUUAUUAGACGAUCCAGAACUUAUUGCUGGGAAACAUAGAACGUUACUAACAUUUACAUCAUAUAUGGCAUCUGUUAUUGAUUAUGUAAGACCUUCCGAUUUGAAGAAAGAAUUAAAUGAUAAAUUUAAAGAAAAGUUUCCACACAUUCAACUCACUCUGAGUAAGCUACGCAGCUUAAAACGAGAAAUGAGAAAAAUAGCUAAAUUGGAAUAUGGUAUUGAUUUACUCACUGUCGCAAUGGCCUAUGUAUAUUUCGAGAAACUUAUUCUUCGAAAUAUCGUGACGAAGCAAACACGGAAGUUAUGUGCUGGUGCUUGUUUACUCCUCGCUGCAAAAUUGAAUGAUGUGAAGGGUGAUAUUCUUAAAUCUCUCAUCGAGAGAAUUGAGGGUGUAUUCCGAUUAAAUCGCAAGGAGUUAAUUACGUCUGAGUUUGCUGUAUUGGUAGCUUUAGAAUUUGGUUUGCAUUUGCCAACAUGGGAAAUAUUUCCUCAUUAUCAGCGAUUAAUUUAUGAAUCCUGACAUUCUUUUGUAUCAUUUUUUUCGUGCAAUUUCAAAACCGCUUUAUGAAAAAAUCAUAUCUAUAAUGAAUUUCGGUCUUCGAAAAAAAUCUUCAAAAGAUUACAUUGAUAUAUAUGACAUACUUUUUAUUUCAAUUAUUUCGACUUGUUAUAUAUGGUUUAACCGCACUCAACGUGUUAAUGUAAAGAGCCAUGUAAUAAGGAAUGAUUGAAAAAAUAAUAAGAUAAUUUUUUCAAUUAUUCCUUUUUUUUUCAAUAUAAUUUCUCUUGCAAGUUACCAAUGUAGUAGUUGCUGCAUGCUGUGAAUACUAUUUUAUUAUUUGAAUAAUUUUAAUUAUUUGUUUAAAUAUCAGUUUAAAUAUCAGUAAAUGAAUAAUGCGAAAAUAUUACGUUUAAUAUAUAUUAUCACACAUUAAUACAAUCUUUGUGAAUGAACAAUUUUUGUUUUAUGAGAUAUAGAUAUAGAAGAUAUAAAUAUAGAACACAUUUUGUGAAAUAUCACUUGAAUCGACUCAUAAAAGAUGUUAUUAUCAGCGGUUUUGUGAUAUUUAAUUCUUUCUCGAUAAAAUAAAUAUACAUAUAAUAGUUUUUAAAAAUUAACGUUUUAAUGUUUUAUAUACUUUACAUGUCAGAAUACAGCUUUAUGUUUAAAAAUAAUAAAAUAUAUGUAAAAUAAGCUACUUAAAUAACUCUUCUGUUUAAAGUAAAAAAUGUGUUAGAUAAAAGUGUUUUGGUUGGAAAAAAAGUUAAGCAGUUUUCUUUUUAAAGUCUUUCUAUUACGUUAUAUAUAUAUAUAUACACACACACAUACACACAUCACAAAACAGCUGCUAUUCUCAUUUUAAUUACAUAGGUUUUUUUUUCACAAAAGGAAUUAGUUUUUUCUGAAAAUAUUUUGAUCUUGCUAUGCUUUUAUGAAAUAAACAAUAGAACUUGAUAUUUCUUACAAACAAAACAUAAAGUUUGGCAUAAAUCUGACAGAAUAUAUAAGAGUAACUUAAGAAAGCACUUCCUAAAAGUCUUAACACGAUAGUUAAAGCUUAAUAGUAUUUGUAUGGCAGCAAACGACCAGAUUAAAAAUAUAGGUAUUACGCGCAAUGGUUAUAUAAUUUUUUAAAAUUAAUGUUGAUGCUAGUAAAAAUAUAACAAUGAUCAUAUACAAAUUUCCAUUAUACAGAGGGCAUGGAAAAAAGGUCUUUAUAAGUAUUGAUUCAGUUAUAAAUAUAUGGAUACAUUAAAUUUCUUACUAAUUUUGUAGUCUUUAUAAUUUGCAUUAAUAUCAUAAAAAUAUAUAUUUUAUAUAUUCAUAGCGUCAACAAAAAGUUCUAAUAAAGAUACAAGUUAUAACUCAUCUUAUCAAGUUUAUAACUUAUAUUAAUAAUAUAUUCUUCCAAUUUUUUUAAUAAUAUCCGUAUAGAAAUAAAGUUAUAAGGAUUAGACGUUGUAAUAUAAGACACAUAAGUGAUUGUAACAUAAGUGUUAUUAGAAUAUGACUAUAUUUUGUUUUGAAAUCCUGUCUGUUUUAUAAUAUAGACUUGUAGACAUAAGUUGUUUUUAAUUUUAUAUAUAUAUAUAUAUUUUAUAUACAUAUAUAUAUAUACAUAUAAAAUUGAGUAUAUAUUUUAUUAUAAAGUAACACGUAACUAACAUUUUAUUUUUUCAUUUUAUGUCGAUUUUCUCGUUUUCUUAGUUUUAAUCAUUAUAUAUCCUGAACAUUGUAAAUAACACAUUUUGAAUGUAAUAAAGUAACCUCUUAUAGCUUUAUAAAGAAAGCGAUAUAUAUUAUAUUUUAUAUAUAUAUUUUUUAUUACUUUAUUGUAUUUUAAACUCAGCCAUAUUCCUUCUAAAUAAUGCUAAUAUAUUAUAAAUAUUUUCAAAUUAAAUAAAUGUAUCUUUUAUUUUCAGAAUGCUAUUAAAAACGUAUAAAAUGUAUCUUUUUCUUAAGUAAAGAUUCAGUAGUUUUCGUACAAACUGACUAAAUUAAGCUUGUUUUAUUUAAUAUAUAUAGUUCUAUUUAUAUUUUACAGUACGUGAAAUAUUUUCAUUACAUGUUUCGUUAUUAUUGAGACUUAAAUUACAUUUAUUUCAACUGUUAUAGAAUAUGUAUAUAUACGCUGUGCUCAAUUAUAUUUAUAGAAUUAACAUUUCGCUCAAUUUUUAUACACAUAAAAACAUUAGUUAUGGUCUCUUUUGUUCUUACUAUAAUAUAUUAUCACAUUUUAGUUCCAAGUUUUACUGACAAAAGUUGUGUUUCAAUAUUUACUGAAAAUCUGUAGCAUAUGUAAUGUAUUCUAUAGAUUGCGAACACUAACGGUGAAUAUCGAAGAAUGUAAUCAAAGUAUAAGUGUUUCAUAGGAUACACUUUUGUAUUUUUAAUUUCAUUGUGUGCACUAUAUUCUUAUCAGUUGUCAAAAUUUUUGAAAAUAUUUGUGUAAAUAUAAAAAAUUUUCAAGAUACACAUUUUAUACAUAUACAUAUGCAUACGGUGUAUACAUUCUUUGUACAGUCAAUUUCGUAUAACUGAAGAAAAAAAUACACUCUUUAGCAUCCCAUUCUCGUAACAUUAGCCAAACUUUGUUUGUAGCUUACCAUCAAGUAAGCUUACAGAAAGCAUUCAAGAUAAUUAGGAAGAAAUUAUUGGUUUAUUAAAUAUAGAAGAUAGAGUAUAUAUAUAUAUAUAUGUAAAUUAGUUUAAAUUUCUAUCUGAUAUCUUAGAACAAAAUAUAGACAUUUGAUUCAAAGUUUUAAUUUGUGUGUGCAGAAGAUAUCAUUAAUAUCACGAGCUGAGAAUUAUGUAGUCAUCUAAACCUAUGAUGAAUACAGACUAAGAAUAUAAAUAUAUACAUGUUCGAAGAUGAAAUGAUAGUCUUUAAAGUAAUUAGUUUUUAUGUAAGCUUCUAUAAUAUCACUUUUAAUCUAUUUGGUGUCAUACAAUUGUAACGUAAUAUAUCAGUAGUUUAAUAAAUCUUUAGUAUACUUGUAUAAAAUAUCUCCUACGUCCUAGAAGUUGUAGUUUUUACACAUGAAAAUUUCAUAUUUUCAUAAGCAGAUUUCAUAUAUGAUAUUUAUCUUUAAUAGGUUUGUAAUAAUUCUCUUGUUUUAUAUAUACUUUCUAUUUUUAGGAGCAAACUUGAGGCAUGAGAGACUCAUUCUUGUAUUUGUUAUUGAAUUAAAUUACCCAUACAUAUAUAUGUGUAUAUAAAAUAUCCUAUUGUGCAUUUUCUCUAAAUACUAAAUUUAUAAUAUAAAUCAUAUCAAGUUUUACUUUAUUUCUGAUGAUUCUAUAUAAAAUUUUUUUUAAAGCAUUUUUAGUAAAAAUUGUUACUUUUCUUGUAUCUAUAAAAAUAUUGAAAAAUGUUGAUAAUUUUGAGAAAAUGUACGAUUUCUACAAAUAAGAACAUGUAUACAUGAUUCAUAUACAAUACUUGUGAGACAAACAUCAUUUCAAUGCAAAAGACACCAUUUUUAUGUCGGUUUAUUUCAAUAAGUUAAAUUUGGAUUGUAUUUACAAACUUAGAAUAAUAUACCUUAAAAAUAAUAAA